GCGGGCGUCUGUUUGGUGUCUGUUGGAGGCGUUGCUCUUCGCCUUUCUACCUCGCGCAACAUGUCGGGCCGCGGCAAGACCGGCGGCAAGGCCCGCGCCAAGGCUAAGUCGCGCUCGUCGCGCGCCGGCCUCCAGUUUCCCGUAGGCCGCGUGCACCGGCUGCUACGGAAGGGCCACUACGCGGAGCGGGUCGGCGCCGGCGCGCCGGUGUACCUGGCGGCGGUGCUCGAGUACCUCACCGCCGAGAUCCUGGAGCUGGCGGGCAACGCGGCCCGCGACAACAAGAAGACGCGGAUCAUCCCGCGCCAUCUGCAGCUGGCCAUCCGCAACGACGAGGAGCUCAACAAGCUACUGGGCGGCGUGACGAUCGCCCAGGGGGGCGUCCUGCCCAACAUCCAGGCCGUCCUGCUGCCCAAGAAGACCAGCGCCACCGUGGGGCCGAAGGCGCCGGCCGGCGGCAAGAAGGCCACGCAGGCCUCUCAGGAGUACUGAGGGGUGCCCGCGCCUCCGCAGGCCGCUCCCGGCCGCCCAGCCCUCCCCGUGCCAUCACAAAGGCCCUUUUAAGGGCCACCACCGCUCUCACGGAAAGAGCUGAGCCGCGUCGGGCCGCGGGACCGGGGACCGCCGCGGCCCCCCUCCCCUCGCGCCCCACCGCUAUCCGGAGGCCUCCCGCCCCCGCGCUCCCCACCCCCGCCCCCGCACGGCCUGCCGCGUCGGUCUCGGGUCGGGGCCGUGGCGAACCUGGGUUUGGCCCCGUCUUCGCCGGGAGGAGGGGCGGGUGACCCACCGUCCUCGGGGGUGUUCGUUCGCGACCCAGGGGCCGUGAGGCGCGGCUCGGGGGAAGCUGGAGCGCACCUGCCUGCCUGGCGUCUCGUGACUCAGCCGCCCCAUCCUCAGGAUUGCUGGUGGGCUGCAGGGAGGCCGCAGCAUCUUCCGGAGACUUGGUUUUCGGCUCUGACGUAGUGCUGAGGCGGCCAGCCCUGGAGCGACUCAAUUCAGCAAUCCAAGCACCUAGAUGCCAGCACAAGUCGGUUAAUCUCUGUCUGGACUGAGCUUCUGAACUGGAAUUUUGCAGCUAACCCAUCCAAGAUUAGAACCUUAGGUACUGGGGAGUUUCAAAUGGACUAAUUUUGUUUAUUAAAGGAUUGUUUUUUAAGAUGAA